AUGCCUCAUAAAUCCUUUACUGAAACAGGUCCUCACCUUCCAGAAUUGCUCGGCGAAGAAUUUUACCAUCGGCGGCCUCGCCAUGCCGUCCACAAACCUAGACGCCCUAUCUCCCUCUUCGAAUCGCCCAUGCGCGAAAUGCCCGGCAAUAUCUUCGCCACCGCCGUCGGCGGCGCCGGAACUCCUCCCCCUCCCCCUCCCCCUUUCGUAUACAGCAUCGACGGCCUCAGCACCCCCCUCACCCUCGGCCUCACCGCCGCCCUCGUCAUCUUCCUCAUCACCUUUUUCCUCGCCUUCUUCUUCUGCUACCACUUAACACUCAAUCCCCGCUCCCAAAACCCUAACCCUAGCCCCGACCAUCCCAUCGCCGCUGCCUCUUCCCGCGUAAUUUUCGUCAUGGAGGACCGCGGUGUUCCUGGGCUUGACGAGGAGGUUAUUAGUUCAUACCCCAAGUUUUCUUUCUCCGUCAAUGGAGGCGGCGAAGGCUUGUGUUCGAUUUGCUUGAAUGAAUAUAAUGAGGGGGAGAUGCUGAGAAGUAUGCCAGAAUGUCGGCACUGCUUUCACAUUCUGUGCAUUGACAGUUGGCUCCAGCGGCACGGAACGUGUCCUGUAUGUCGAUCGUCGCCGGCACCGGCGCGGUUGUUGACUCCGACGAUGGAGCUCUUGUCGAUCCCGCAGGAAUCCGUCGAACGCCUUCGAGGGUGAGCUUCCAGGUAGCUUUAC